GGCUUCUCCAACUGUCUGAGAGCCCCCUCAGAGCCUCCUCUCUCUGGGACCCAAAGACCAGUUGAGUGGAGGGAUGGAGUCUUAGAAAUCCGAGCCUUUAGAGUGACAUCAGGGAGCCUGUUGGGAGUCCUGGGUCCCAGGGGCCAGGGAGUGACAAAGACAGGACAACCGCAGGGCCUAGGAAGGUCCAGAUCACGCCAUGGGUUGUCCAAGCUUCCCGUUGCUGCUCGGCCUCGUGGGAGCUUCGCUAGUCCGGACUGAGGACCAUCCCGUAAACCCCAUCUUCCCGCUGUUCCCGCCCAUCACCUGUUACCACACCGAGAUGCUGUACUUCGGACGGAAAUUGAAUUCAGAGCCCGAGCUUUGGAGCUCCAGCCUUCAGCACUCCAAGCGCUGUGAGAACUGGGAGGUGUGUCAGGAAACCCUGCUGAUGCUCGAGACAGGGCCCCAUUCACUGAUUGUGGGCAGUAAGGGCUGCACUCCAGCGGGAAACCGGAUCUCCGGGGUCACUGAGCACUUGGGUCCACCAGGAAUUAUCAUGACCUCCUAUGUCCGCUUCUGCAACGUCAACUACUGCAACAACGCGAGCAGCACGGCCCCUGUGCUGAGGCCCAGGGCUCACAAAGUCAUUAGAGACUCAGACCACACCUUGCGCUGUCCGACCUGCUUGGCCUUGUACUCCUGCCCCACAAAGGUCCGCCUCCGUCGGUGCAGUGAGAAAGCCCUGAGAUGUUACAAUGGAACCAUCCACAUCAAGGGAGAAGGCACCUCCUAUGACCUGGGCUUGCUCGGCUGCUCCACUGUGCCCACCUGUGACCUGUUCCUUGGCAUCGAGGCAAUUGGCCCGUUCACCCUGAGCGAGAAGUGCUUGGACCACCAUAACGUCUUGUGGCCAAGGAGCCAGGGGGCCCCUUGGCCCGCCUGGGUCUGGACCCUUGGGCUGGGACUGCUUCUCACUCUGUAGGCCGAGGCAUCCUCAGAGCAGACACCACUUUGAGUCUCCCAGGAGGAGGGGCAGAGGGGAGCCCCCCGGGCCCAGAGGGGAGGACCUGAGAUCCCAGGGGCAGGAGGUCUGCCCAGAGUCCCAGUAACCCCAGCACAGGGCUGCCUGCUGCACAGGUAUUCAAUAAAGAUA